GACGCCUCGUCAAACCCUUCAACUAUCCUCACACACAAACAACCAAGUAAACAAACACACACACACUCUUUCCUCUACUCUAUUGUAGUUAGAAGGUGAAAAAUGAAAAUCUCAAGAACUGCAAGUUUGAUUGUGUUCCUUUUGUUAUUAGGUGAGACCCUACAAGUGGCAAUGGCAGUAACUUGUAACCCAGUUGAGUUAACUCCAUGUGCGAAAGCAAUAACAUCUUCAAGCCCACCAUCAACCAUUUGUUGCAGCAAAUUAAAGGAGCAGAAGCCUUGCCUCUGCCAGUACCUGAAGAACCCUUAUCUCCAGAAGCUCGUUAACUCUCCUAAUGCAAAGAAGGUAGCUACCACUUGUGGCUCUCCAUUCCCCAACAACUGCUAGGCUCUGUUCAUCUCUUUAUAUGCAGUGGAAUAGUUUGAUGGAGUUAUGUCGUUUUAGCUGUUUUGUUUCGGUAUAAUAUAUAUUUAGAGGGUAAUUUAUAUGUUAUGUUCGUUUCUAUAUAUAGUUUCUGUUUUCCACGGUUGAUGGAGUGCCAAGAUUCAUGUAAUGCUCGAGCUUUUCAGUUGGCUUCUUGUUUUCUCUGUCGUUUUAAUAGUGAACUUUGUUGUUCUUUUCAAUUUAUGGAUAAUUAUUUCUUCUUAUA